AUGGCUUCGUCCUUGACAUUACUUGCUCUCCCCGAUGAGGUCCUGCUUCAAAUUGUCGGCCAUCUGACACCGCCGCUAGAUGGCCUGGACAUACCCUUCCAAGCCUACACCGACCCAGAUGGCGUCGUUGUGACAAAUCGCGUCGCCCUUUACCGCCUCGCAUUCGUGUGUCGGCGGCUCUCGGACCUGGCAAUCCCUUUUCUCUACCAGACUGUCUAUCUAUGGGGUCAGACGCGACUUCAGUCGCUCCUCCAAACUCUGCUCGAGCGUCCAGAGCUGGGCGACAACAUGCGCAUCCUCUCCUACGUCUCUUGUUUGGGCACCGAUCACUAUCCGACGGACGUCCUCUGCCCUUACAAGCGUACCGAAUGGCGCCGUCUCGUGGAAGCCUCGCCCCGAUUUCCGGACCGCAUCAAGACAUUUGUUCGCGACGCCAAGACGGAGCUCGAAUUCGCUCAGAUUGUCUUCGCCCUCGUCCUCUACUCGUCACCAAAUCUGCGCACCUUGCACAUGCGCAUGCCUUUCGCCGCUGGGGAAUAUCAGAAGCUCAAGGCCAUUCUCACCCCGGACAUCGAGACAGCAGAGGGCUGCCCGCGCGUCCUCAGCUCCCUCACUCGCGUCAUGCUGGAGCCGAUGCCGGACUUUCCCGGGGCGAGUUUCUGGCCGCGGCGAGAAUUGCCAUGCCUCCUGCGGCUACCUAACCUACGCUCUGUGGAACUCGGCUCCGCCGUGUACCGUCCUGCGGUUCUCGAGCCCGGUGAUGGUUGGGGCGACGACGGUAGUUGGAAGAACGUCGAGGAACUCCGACUUGUUCGGAGCAGCAUGUGGGGUCAAGGAUGGCACGCAAUCUGCGCCCUUUGUCCCAAUCUCAAGCUUCUCGAAAUGGGCCCGAGCGGUGUAGCUGAACAGCCUGCAGACGGCGAACACAACCUGAAUACCGCUUUAUCCCUCGUUGCCGAUUCCCUGGAAACAUUUUCGUUCGAGGGCAUCUUGGCAGGCAAUUUCUCGCAACACGUUGGUGGUGAUGGCACCCUGACGGUGCUUCCCAACAUGAAGUCGCUGCGCAACGUCAAACUCGACAUAGGAAUCUUAUAUGGAAAGCCGCAAUGGGUAGAAAAGAUUGACAUCGUUCAGCGAUUGCCGCCGGCAGUGGAGUCUCUCGACUUGGCCGAGUUGUGGCAUGAUGUCGAGGUCGACCAGCUCUCUGCGAAGGAACGCGCCGUCUACGAAAAGGGUCUACAGGAAGCUUUAUAUAAGCUUGUUUUCGAAAGCAAAGACAUCCUACCCAAGCUGAAGGAAGUGACUUUCCGUCCAAACCCGUUUUACGACCCACUACCGAUUCCGGAGACUCUUCGGGUCAUCAAGUCCAGUGUCGAUUUCAAACUCGUCUACUAG